AUGGCGUUAUGGACGGUUCAUCUAGAAGGCGGUCCUCGACGAGUCAAUCAUGCUGCAGUCGCAAUCGGAUCGAAAGUCUACACAUUCGGCGGUUACUGUAGUGGUGAAACGACGGACUCACACGAUCCUCUCGAUGUACACGUUUUGGAUACUGAAAACUAUCGAUGGCUGAAACUGGAUCCCGUCUACUUCCACGAGAAUCGACUUUUCACUCUCCCCGAACUCAAUCAACUAUCAGAAGUCCCUGAAAAGAUGGGCGGUACGGUUCCCUAUCAGAGAUAUGGACACACUGCUGUUGAGUAUAAUGGAAAGGCGUACGUUUGGGGAGGAAGAAACGACGAUUAUGGAGCGUGUAAUUUGAUGCAUGAGUAUGAUCCAGCAAAAAACAUGUGGCGAAAAGUGGAAAUCGACGGAUUCAUCCCUCCAUCUCGCGACGGUCACACCGCCGUCAUCUGGAAUAAUCAGAUGUUUGUGUUCGGUGGAUUCGAGGAAGACUCACAACGAUUCAGUCAGGAGACGUACGUCUUCGAUUUCGGCACAGCGACGUGGCGGGAAAUGCACACAAAGAAUACGCCACCGUUGUGGAGAGACUUCCACACGGCAUCGGUCAUCGACGGCGUCAUGUACAUUUUCGGAGGCAGAAGUGACCAUAAUGGUCAGGUCGGUGAUGAGCACUUGUUCCACACAACACAAGACCUCUACGAUGACACGCUGAUGGCACUGAAUCUGACGACAGGCGUCUGGACGAAACAAGAAAUUCCAGCAGAUGCCACGUGUCGACCAGGUGGAAGACGUAGUCAUUCCACAUGGGUAUACGGUGGAAAGAUGUAUAUGUUCGGUGGAUAUUUGGGAACUCGAAAUGUCCAUUACAACGAAUUGUACUGUUUCGAUCCGUCGACAGUCUCGUGGAGUAUUAUCGAUGUACGUGGAAAGUAUCCCACGGCGAGACGACGUCACUGCUCCGUCGUAUCGAAUGGAAGAGUCUAUCUGUUCGGUGGAACGAUGCCAAAUCCAUCGACUUGUCAUCCACUCUCAACGACUGUCUAUAAUGGAGUCAUCUCGCCGAGUGGCCUUGCCGAUCUCUCCGAUCUUCAUGUUCUCGAUUUUUCACCAUCCCUGAAAACACUUGCGAUGCGAAAAGUGCUCAUCGACCUGAAGGCUCCAUCACAUCAAAUGUUCUCUUCGCUUCAAUACGACGUUCCCGCUGACCUCCGAUACGAAAUGUAUUGUCAAGUGACACCAAACAACGUGGUUUCCGUCGGAUCCACCAGAAAUGAUCAAUCUGGAUAA